GUGAUUGCUUACUUUACAUGUCAAACAGACACACACUGAAUUAGCAGGGAGUGUUAUAAAAGCCUUGGAGUGCAAGCUCUCAGCUGUAUUAAUAAGAAGAGAAGUCUUCAAUGGAUCCUUUUGUGGUCCUGGUGCUCUGUCUCUCCUUUGUGCUUCUCUUUUCACUCUGGAGACAGAGCUCUGGGAGAAGGAAACUCCCUCCUGGCCCCACUCCUCUUCCUAUUAUUGGAAAUAUUCUACAGAUAGAUGUUAAGGACAUCUGCAAAUCUUUCAGCAAUUUUUCAAAAGUCUAUGGUCCUGUGUUCACCGUGUAUUUUGGCAUGAAUCCUGUAGUGGUGUUGCAUGGAUAUGAGACAGUGAAGGAAGCCCUGAUUGAUAAUGCAGAGGAGUUUUCUGGAAGAGGCAUUUUGCCAAUAUCUGAAAGAAUUACUAACGGACUUGGAAUCAUUUCCAGCAAUGGAAAGAGAUGGAAGGAGACCCGUCGUUUCUCUCUCACAACCUUGCGGAAUUUUGGGAUGGGGAAGAGGAGCAUUGAGGACCGUGUUCAAGAGGAAGCCCGCUGCCUUGUGGAGGAGUUGAGAAAAACCAAGGCCUCACCCUGUGAUCCCACUUUCAUCCUGGGCUGUGCUCCCUGCAAUGUGAUCUGCUCCGUUGUUUUCCAGAAACGAUUUGAUUAUAAAGAUGAGAAUUUUCUCACCCUGAUGAAAAGAUUCACUGUAAACUUCAGGAUUCUGACCUCCCCAUGGAUCCAGGUCUGCAAUAAUUUCCCUCUACUCAUUGAUUGUUUCCCAGGAACUCACAACAAAUUGCUUAAAAAUGUUGCUCUUACAAAAAGUUACAUUAGGAAGAAAGUAAAAGAACACCAAGCAACACUGGAUGUUAACAAUCCUCGGGACUUUAUCGAUUGCUUCCUGAUCAAAAUGGAGCAGGAAAAGGACAACCAACAGUCAGAAUUCACUAUUGAAAACUUGGUUGGCACUGUAGCUGAUCUAUUUGUUGCUGGAACAGAGACAACAAGCACCACUCUGAGAUAUGGACUCCUGCUCCUGCUGAAGCACCCAGAGGUCACAGCUAAAGUCCAGGAAGAAAUUGAUCAUGUAAUUGGCAGACACAGGAGCCCCUGCAUGCAGGAUAGGAGCCACAUGCCUUACACAGAUGCUGUAAUACACGAGAUCCAGAGAUACAUUGACCUUGUCCCCACUGGCGUACCCCACGCAGUGACCACUGAUAUUAAGUUCAGAAACUACCUCAUCCCCAAGGAAAACGAAUUUGUGCAGGAGAGGGACUUGCCCGCAUGGAGCUAUUUUUAUUUCUAACCACAAUUUUACAGAACUUUAACCUGAAAUCUGUUGCUGAUUUAAAGAACCUCAAUACUACUUCAGCUACCAGAGGGAUUAUUUCUCUGCCACCCUCGUACCAGAUCUGCUUCAUUCCUGUCUGAAGAAUGCUAGCCCAUCUGGCUGCCGAUCUGCUAUCACCUGAAACUCUUUUUUAUCAACGACAUUCCCACUGUUAUGUCUUCUCUGACCUCUCAUCACAUCUUCCCAUGCACUCAAUAUCCCGUGAGCAUCCAACCUCCAUUAAGGAGAGUUGUUCAGGUCGCUGCACAAAUAUAUCUGUAAUUAUUCAUACUCGUAACACUUGUAUUGACUGUCACAUAUGCUAAUACUUUUCUGAUGCUGACUUUUUAAUAUGUUAUCACUGUAAAACACAGAAAAGUGAUUAAUGAAUGAUAAUUUAGAUCCAUUUCUUUUGUGAAUGUGCUAAAUAAAAAGUGUUAUUAAUUGCUGGUUCA